AUGCCACGGGAAAUGAUUACACUACAACUGGGCCAAUGUGGCAACCAGAUUGGAAUGGAGUUUUGGAAGCAGUUAUGUGCUGAACAUGGAAUCAGCCCAGAGGGCAUUCUGGAAAAUUUUGCAACUGAAGGCCUUGACAGAAAAGAUGUAUUUUUCUACCAGGCUGAUGAUGAACAUUACAUACCUCGAGCUGUCUUGUUGGAUCUGGAGCCCAGGGUCAUACAUACAAUUAUGACCUCCCCAUAUGCUAAACUAUACAAUCCUGAAAAUGUUUAUCUGUCCAAACAAGGUGGAGGUGCUGGUAACAACUGGGCUGUAGGAUUCUCACAGGGAGAAAGGUUGUAUGAAGAAAUAUUUAAUACAUCAUUGAUUAAAGAUUCUUUCUUGAUACUAAAUUUUUCUUUAAUUUUUAAACUUUUUUUUUUUUUUUUCUUUUUUUUUUUCUUCUUUUUUCCUUUUUUUUUUUUUUUUUCAAUCUUUUUUUUUCUUUUUUUUUUUUUUUUUUUUUUUUUUUUUUUUUUUUCUUUUUUUUUUCUUUUUCUUUUUUUUAAAAAAAAAAAAGCUUUUUUUUUUCCUUUUUUUUUCUUUGACUUUUUUUUUGUUUUUUUUUUUCUUGUUUUUUUUUUUUCUUUUUUUUUCUUCCUUUUUUCUUCCUUUUUUCUUCCUUUUUCUUUAUCUGUUUCUUUUUUAUUUUCUUAA